GUAAUCAUUGGUUCUUUCCGCAUGUCUGCUGAUGUAACGAUAUGCCGGUUGCAAAGGGGAAACUGGCUUGUCCUACGAAAUUUAGGCUUAUGCAUUGCUAAGGCAGUCCACAUUGGAUACACGAACCUUCAUUCUGUUUUAUAAACUCUACAGCAUACGAUUCAACGUUGGAUAAUCAAAGUGUAACUUAGGGACUUAGCUAGCUAGGCAAAUAGUGUUAAAACAGAUAAUGGGCGAGGAAAUGAACGAUAACAUGAUCAACACAAAUGGUGCUGCUAACAGCAUGGGGGAUGUGAAUCACACCGCAGAAAAGACAGCAGAUAGCGAUGUGAAAUACUACACAUUGGAAGAAAUAAAAGCUCAUAAUAUGAGCAAGGACGCAUGGCUUAUCAUCCACGAUAAAGUGUAUAACAUCACCAGUUUCUUGGAGGAGCAUCCAGGAGGAGAGGAGGUUCUGGUGGAGCAGGCAGGUGCAGAUGCCACAGAGAGCUUUGAGGAUGUUGGUCACUCUACAGAUGCCAGAGAGAUGCUUAUCCAGUACUACAUUGGGGAGCUCCAUAUGGAUGACCGGAAGAAGGAUGGCGCAAAGGAAGAAUUCAUUACAACUUCAGGAGAUGGCUCGAGCUCGUGGACCACAUGGUUGAUACCUGCCAUAGCUGCAGUUGUUGUGGGUAUCAUGUAUCGAUACUACAUGCUGGAGCGCAAGUCUUCCUGAGCCCUGACGCUGUCGUCGCAUCUCAUUCUUUCUGUCUGGAGGCCUUGACAUGUUUGACCAAACCCCCCCUUGCAUUGAACGUACACAACUUUUCAGAGGUGCGUCCCACUCAACUCACACAGUGCCCUCACCUUGAAGGAAAGGGAGGGAAAGGAUAAAACAAUCCCCUUGCUCCUCGGCUUUCUUUUCUAGACCUCAUCCAACAGGCUGUGGGGCGAGAUGCAUCUGGAAACUUUCUGCCCUCAGUCUCUUUAAAUUGUUUUCUAAUCUAUUCAUAUUGUUUACUCACUCUGCCUUUUGAUACUUAUUGUAUGGUGUCUUUUUAAGUUAGUUAUUCAUAUGCAAGUGAUCUCAACUGUAAUGUAUAUCUGCAAACUCUUGUCGCUAUCUGCUUUGUGGGACUUUUACAGUGUGCUCCAAAAGUAUUGGGACAGUGAUUUUUUUGUUGUUGUUUUGGCUCUACUCCAGCACUUUAAAUGAUACAAUGAGUAU